AAAAAGACACAGCCUUUCUUGCUGCUUCGUCGACAUCCUUGUUCUGGUCUCUCGUGCUCUCUUCUUUCCUUCCCCUGCAUGACGCCGAAGAGAAGCCCACCCUCGAUCGUUCAAGCCCCGUUCUCCUUCUCAAACGCUGAAAUUUCGCUCCUUUCUUGAAGGGCCUUCGCCUCCGCCCGCUUUCUUGGCCACCCUUCUGGUCGUCGAUCGGUUUUUCUUUACCCGGAAGAGGGAGGGGAGAAAAUGAGGUGGGAGAGGGUGCCGUUGCCGCAAGCCCAGCAGCCGGAGCACGGCAGGGAAGAGGCGGGCGGCCCCGGGAAGAGGUGGGGCCACACCUGCAACGCCGUCAAAGGGGGGAGGUUCCUGUACGUGUUCGGUGGCUACGGCAGGGACAACUGCCAGACGAACCAAGUUCACGUCUUCGACACUGUGAAGCAAACAUGGAGCCAACCCACGAUAAAAGGCACGCCACCUGCUCCAAGGGACAGCCAUAGCUGUACUAAUGUUGGUGACAAUUUGUUUGUGUUUGGUGGGACAGAUGGGAUGAGCCCUCUCAGGGAUUUGCAUAUACUAGACACUUCUUCUCAUACAUGGAUAUCACCAAGUAUUAGAGGGGAGGGACCAGAGGCAAGGGAGGGUCAUAGUGCAGCACUUGUGGGUAAAAGACUGUUCAUAUUUGGUGGGUGUGGAAAAUCUCUUGAUGAUGAUGAAGAAGUAUAUUAUAAUGAUCUCUUCAUAUUGAACACAGAGACAUUUGUAUGGAAAAGGGCUAUGACAACCGGUAACCCACCUUCAGCACGUGAUAGCCAUAGCUGCUCAACUUGGAAGAACAAAAUGAUUGUGAUUGGUGGUGAAGAUGGACGUGAUUACUACUUGUCCGAUGCCCAUAUUCUUGAUGCAGAUACCCUGAUGUGGAAGGAACUGAAUACCACCGGCCACAUGCUACCCCCCCGUGCUGGACAUUCGACUGUUGCUUUUGGGAAGAUUCUGUUUGUUUAUGGGGGAUUCACAGAGGCCCAAAAGCUAUAUGAUGAUCUGUAUAUGCUUGAUGUUGAAUCUGCUAUAUGGUCCAAGGUCACUACUGCCGGAGCUGGACCUUCUGCCAGAUUUUCUAUGGCUGGGGACUGUCUAGAUCCAGUAAGGAGUGGCAUUCUUGUCUUUGUGGGUGGUUGCAAUAGAAGUCUCGAGGCUCUUGACGAUAUGUAUUACUUGCACACAGGACUCACUAGGGAACAGGAGCCAAGGCUAGAGAAGCUAUCCUUGAGGAAGAAAUUGAAGCUGAAGUGCCAAGAACAAAAUUUAACUCUAGGACAUGAUAAAGCUUUGGUGCAAGUUGGGGUGACCACAAGCACAUUUCAACCUGUGCCACUAUCGAUCUAUGGUCAGCCAGGUGCUCAUAGUUAUCACUCCUACCAAUCAGGCAAUGUCCAAGGUAAAAAAAUAUUUCAAGCGAGGGUGACUGAGAAUUUGGGUGAUCGAUACACCAUUGAAACUGUCAUAGAUGGAAAACCUCUCCGUGGAAUUUUAUUUUCCAAUAAGCCUAGCACUCGCCCUGUACCUUUUUCAAGCUCCAGCAGCAGGAAAAGAACUUAUGGGGAUUCAAGUACGGGUAUGCCAAAUGGUGAUUAUAAUAGUGAGUCAAAGGCUUCUAGAAGUAUCCAGCCGGAGUCAGCCGAUGAUGGGCAAGCUGAUGAUGGGCAUGGAAAAGAAGCCUCUUCCCAGGAGCCCCAUUCAGAACCUGCUGGUCCAGUUCCUGUUUCGAAUGUAACACAACCUUCUGAUGGCUCUGACCUGGACAAGGUACCUGCAAAACAAGAAUCGUCACUGCAUGCUUCUAUCAGUUCCAAAGAUGAUCCGAUGGAUGACACUCCAAAUUUGAAUGUGGAAGUUCCGAAAGAGAGUGCAUCUCCAUCAACCAAGGACUCUUACAUAAUCUCACAAAUUAAAGAUGAGAGGACAUCAGGCCAAGAUGAAAGAGGUGAUUCGGCAAAAUCAGUUUGAAACAGAUUCUUGCACAAUUCCUUUCGAUCGGCUGGCCCUCUUCACAUGUCCCCCGCGAAAGCCAAUUGCGACUGUACAUUCAUCUAGUUGUCCCAGAUGCAUUUGACAGCUGACAGAGUCUUCAAGCUAACUAUAGAGAUCUAAUCUACGUCUUGAUCUUCGUUUUGCAUCCUGAUCGUCGCACGAUUAGUUAUUGUCAAAUUUCUCUUCUCAAAAUUUUAUUCCUAGUCUUAGUAAGCAUGUAGGGGCUUUUGUUGAAAGUGGCAAUUCCGGGAAGAAACUCCACCAUAGCUGAGGUAUCAAAGUCUGCCGUGCUAUUUGAAGUCCGGUUCAUCCUAUAUCUCCUUAUGCAGCAACUUCUUGAAUUUGACAUGUAUGACCCCUUUUAUUUGUCAUGAGAUGAGACAUCAAAAUAUUUCUUGUCUAUGAAAAAGUAUUUCAUCA